GCCGCAUUCCGGCCCUGAGCCGCAACCGCAGCCCGGGCUCGUCAGGCAGCGCGGCGCCAAGUCUCGCGAGAACUCACGGCUAAGCCUCGCGGUGAGCCACGGCGCCGAGCCCGCUCCGAGGCCCCUCCUUCGGCUCCUUCCGGCUCCCGCCGCCGCCCCCUGACGUCAUCGCGUCGGCGGCGUGACCCCGGCGGGGUGAGAGGGCAGAGGUGCGCGAGGCGGAAGCGGCGCUCGGUCUCCGUUGGGCCGGCAGCGCAGCGCGGAGGGUCCCGCGGCGCCGGGCCCAUGAGCGUGUCGCUGGUCGUGAUCCGCCUGGAGCUGGCCGAGCUCUCCCCGCUGCCCGCCGGCUUCGCCUACAGCGCGGCCGCUCCGGAGAUGGCCGCGGAGAGCAGCGGGGCGAUCCCGGCCUGCUUGGAAGGGAAGGGCCCCGGCGAGAGGGCGGCCAUCCUGCACCAGCACCUGGGCCGCAGGGAGAUGACCGACAUCAUCAUCGAGACCAUCCGGCCGCGGGCAGAUGAAGCAAAAGCUGCUGUGGAAGCAAGAAAAUCUUCAGAGGCUGCAUCGUCUGAGGACAAAAAUAAACAGGAUGAUCAAAACAAAGAGCGUGAGGCUGCUCCAGACUCGCCUUCAAAACAGCUCCCUGACCAGAUUUCCUUCUUCAGCGGGAAUCCAUCAGUUGAAAUCGUUCAUGGCAUUAUGCAUCUGUACAAAACAAACAAGAUGACCUCUCUAAAAGAAGAUGUGAGGCGCAGUGCCAUGCUGUGUAUCCUCACAGUCCCUGCCACCAUGACCAGUCACGACCUGAUGAAGUUUGUGGCAUCUUUCUAUGAAGUCAUUGAGCACAUGAAAAUCAUCCGAGACUCCACUCCCAACCAGUACAUGGUGCUGAUAAAGUUUAGUUCCCAGGCUGAUGCAGAUAGCUUUUACAUGGCGUGCAAUGGUCGGCAGUUCAACUCAAUAGAGGAGGAUGUUUGCCAGCUCGUGUACGUGGAAAGGGCUGAAGUCUUCAAGUCAGAAGAUGGGGCCAGCCUGCCUGUGAUGGAUCUGACAGAGCUCCCAAAGUGCACGGUGUGCCUUGAGAGGAUGGAUGAGUCUGUGAACGGGAUUCUUACCACUCUGUGUAACCACAGCUUUCACAGCCAGUGUCUGCAGCGGUGGGAGGACACCACGUGUCCUGUCUGCAGAUACUGCCAAACGCCAGAGCCAGUGGAAGAGAACAAAUGUUUUGAGUGUGGAGUUCAAGAAAACCUCUGGAUCUGUUUGAUCUGUGGGCACAUAGGCUGUGGCCGGUAUGUGAGUCGCCAUGCCUACAAGCACUUUGAGGAGACCCAGCACACCUAUGCAAUGCAGUUGACCAACCACAGAGUCUGGGAUUAUGCUGGAGAUAACUACGUCCACCGACUGGUUGCAAGUAAAACUGAUGGGAAGAUAGUUCAGUAUGAGUGCGAGGGAGAUAUGUGUCAGGAAGAGAAAAUUGAUGCCUUACAAUUAGAGUACUCAUAUUUGCUAACAAGCCAGCUGGAAUCACAGAGAAUCUAUUGGGAAAACAAGAUUGUCCGAAUAGAAAAGGAUACAGCUGAAGAGAUUAACAACAUGAAGACCAAAUUUAAAGAGACCAUUGAGAAGUGUGACAGUCUGGAACAGAGGCUGAAUGACUUGCUCAAAGAAAAGCAGUCUGUCGAAAGGAAGUGUUCUCAGCUGAAUAACAAAGUGGCUAAGCUUUCCAAUGAGCUGAAGGAGGAGCAAGAACUGAAUAAGUGUUUGCGAGCAAAUCAAGCCUUGCUUCAGAACAAGCUGAAGGAAGAGGAGAGAGUGUUAAAGGAAACCUGUGAGCAGAAGGACCUGCAAAUCUCAGAGAUCCAGGAGCAGUUGCGAGAUGUCAUGUUCUACCUAGAGACGCAACAGAAAAUCAAUCACCUCCCAGCUGAGACCCGGCAAGAGAUUCAGGAAGGACAAAUCAACAUUGCAGUGGCUUCUUCUGACAGCUCCUCCACGGGGAGCACGGGCAAGCCUUCUUCCAGGAGAGGCCGUGGCAAGAGGGGUAAAUGAAGAUCGGAGUGCUGCUCCCAUGCUGAAUCUGGCCGUGCUCGUGGUAGGCCAGGCCCAGCCCUCAGACUCCAGCUGGGAAUGCCUAGUUCAGUAAAGCUCAGCUAGAAAUUGUCUUCAGAGCUUCUCAUAAAACUGGCUGCCAGUCACUGGAGGUGUCUGUGGUAUUUAAAAGCAUUUCACUGCACUGUUUAGCUAUUUUUAGGCAGACCUUAAUGACCGUUUUGCCUUUCUACCUUUUUAAAGCCACUCCUGUCAUGCGUUUGACUUCCUUCUUGGCGAGUUUUCUGGGGUCGGUGGGUGUACACAUGUUGAACAUUGCAUUUCCUAAGGGGAUACUGUGGAAUAGGCUAUGCACAGUGUGUGAGACUUCUUGAGUUCCUUUCCCAUUUCUGGAUUGAAAGUAUUCUCAAUUAAUAUUUUUUUUAAUUUAAGAAACAGUAAAUUAAAUUACAUCUU